CUUCCGCUUGUGCGUCUGUGAGUUUGGAUGUGUGAGAACCAAAUCUGUGGGAAACCAGUCCUAUGAAAAGAAUCCUCCUGGAAAAGUCUGACAUUACAAAUACUGUCAUAGUAUUUGUUUAUUGUGCUCAUUUUUUAAAUGGUAACCCUGGAGCUGAGAAUUCAUUAUAUCUGUGUUUAAAUUGAUUACAGAUUGUAAACAUUUAUGAGUAAAUAAUCCAAAUGAGCAAAAUAAUGGUGAACACUGCUGGUUAUAAAAAUCAUUGAUUUAAUAUUGGUUCAGAUUUUACUUAGCCCAUGCUGGAUGAUUAAUACUUUUAAAAUCCAAUAUUCUGUGUAAAUAAUGUGACGCCAACAUAAUUAUUAUAUAAUUCAAUAAAGCAAGCUAGCUGCUGGUUUCCAAUCAAAGUUACACAAUGCUGCUAAGCAAAUUAAUUCCUGCAUUUAACCAUUUAUUUUUUCACACUUUGCUACACUUUUAUUGCCAAAAGUUUUUAGGACACCCCUCUGAAUCAUUUUAUUCAGGGGCGAGUUUAAUCUCAAAACGUUUCGCGUGUGCAACAUUUUCGGACUGAACGACAUGUUUCCUUGCAACGUUGCGCAACGUUCUGCAAUAGGCUUCGGGGUAUGUUUUCUCCCGUUUGGUGGGCAUGUCUCUCCCAAUCAGCUGCGACACAUUUGUGUAAAAUUUGUGUAAAGAUGAUGUAACACAAUGAUGUUAAAAAGGCAGGAAAAUUCAGUCCGCUUGCACAGCAGGGUGUUCAGGGAACCACCGUUUCAGUUGAAAAAAUGUUUUGCUACGUUUUCUCUACACUGAACUCGCCCCGGGUGUUCCAAUCACUUUCAUGGCCACAGGUGUAUAAAAUCAAGCACCUGCUUCUACAAACAUUUGUGAAAGAAUGGGCUGCUCUCAGGAGCUCAUUGAAUUCAAGCGUGGUACCGUGAUAGGUUGCCACCUGUGCAAGUCUAUUUGUGAAAUUUAUACUAACUAGUAAAUAUUCCACAGUCAACUGUUAGUGGUAUUUUAACAAAGUGGAAGAAAUUGGGAACAACAGAAAGUCAGCCAUGAAGUGGUAGGCUACAUAAAAUCACAAAGCGGGGUCAGCGCAUGCUGAGGCGCACAGUGCGCAGAAGUCGGCAAAUUUCUGCUCAAGAAAAUAGUCAAUAGCUACAGACCUCCAAAUGUCAUAUGGUCUUCGGAUUAGCUCAAGCACAGUGCGUAGAGAAGUCAAUGGAACGGGUUUCCACGGCCGAGCAGCUGCAUACAUGCCUUACAUCACCAAGUGCAAUGCAAAGCGUCAGAUGCAGUGGUGUAAAGCACAGCGCCACUGGACACUAGUCCACUAGCAGUGGAGUGACGAAUCACGCUUCUAUGCCUGGCAAUCCAAUGGACGAGUCUGGGUUUGGUGGUUGCUGGAAGAACGGUAUUUGCCUGACUGCAUUGUGCCAAGUGUAACGUUUGGUGGAGGGGGCAUCAUGGUAUGGGUUGUUUUUCAGGCGUUGGGCUUGGCCCCUUAGUUUGAGUGAAAGGAACUGUUAACGCUUCAGCAUACCAAGACAUUUUAGACAAUUUCAUGAUCCCUUUGUGGAAACAGUUUGGGGAUGGCCCCUUCCUGUUCCAACAUGACUGUGCACCAGUGCACAAAGCAAGGUCCAUAAAGACAUGGAGGAGGGAACUUGGUGUUGUGGAACUUGACUGGCCUGCACAGAGUCCUGACCUCAACCUGACAGAACACCUUUGGGAUGAUUUAGAGCAGAGACUGCGAGCCAAAACGUUUGGCAAUAUAGUGUAUAUUCUUACCAGACACAGACUCACACAGCUUGGCAGCGUCAGAGAUUUACUUCAGUUUAGAAGCCAAUUCAACCACCAACCCAGCAGCAGGACAUUGUUGCAGUACGGUGACAGAAGACUGCAGAUGUUCAGCAAGGACGGGGCGUGUCGGCAGUUCAAUGACAAGGGAAGGAGGUCGCUACAGCUCAGCAGAGUCAGGAAUCCACUUUGGCUAAGGAGUAGGGAUUUGCUGCAGUUCUAGGGCAGAGAAUGGCUGCGGCACCGAGAUCAAAUUCAAAUGCAGCUCAACUGGAAUCAGAACAUAGUUGUAACUCAGCAGGGUCAAGAGGCUGCUACAGCUCAACAGAGUCAGAGGGGCUGCAGUUCUGGAAACCGCUCUUGCUCAGGAGCGGGGAGUUACUGCUGUUCGGGGCCUGAUGCCUGCAGAAAUUCAGGCUCAUGGGAUGGUGUAAUUUGCAGCUCUGCAGGGACAGGGUGUUGCUCCAGCUAAGUGAGAACAGGACUCUUGGCUGGUCGAGUUGCCAACCGUAGACAAGGAGGAGUCGGCGGGGUUGCAAAUGUAGAAUCGGGAACAGGUGUCGGCCAGACUGCAGACAGGGUAUUAGGCAGGAGCCAGGAGUUGGUGACGCCAACCAAAGUCUCUAGGGACCUUGGUGACAAAGUCUCUGAAGACCUAGAGAGCUAAAUCUCAAUGUAGCUGGCCUGGUGAGUCAUUGUGGAGCUGGACAACAUAGUCUCUGGGAGGCUGAUCAGCCAAAUUUUGGGAGAGCUGGACAGGAGCAUCUCCGUAGAGCUAUCCAGCAAAGUGUCUGUGGCACUAGACAACUUUGGCUCUGUGUCACUUGCCAGCUCAGCCUCUGGAUAGGUGGGACAGCUCUGUCUCUAGGGUGCUGAUCAGCUGAAUCUCAGGACUGGAGAACAAACUAUCUGUGAAGCUGACAAGCUUAGUCUCUGAGGUACAGGGCAACAAAGUCUCUCGAUAGUUGGGUAACUCCAACUCUAAGAUGCUAGGCAGCUUCAUCUCCAUGCCUCCGUGCAGCAAGUCACUAGACAACAAUGAGGACAAGGAGCUGGAAAGCGACGACUUAGUGAAUCUGAGGGGCAGUGAAGAAGCCCAAUGACGCUGGGAGCCACUCUUCCUGCUGGAGGGCUUUGAUGAAAGUGGCUAUAGGGCGAGAUUCUGCAUGACAAUGGUCCAGAACUAGCUGAUAGGCUAGCUGACUGAAUGCUAACAGUUUGUGUGCUCGCUCGCUCGCUCCAAAGCAUGGUCCAACAAAAAUGAAGCAGAGAACUGUAUGUACGGGAGUCUCUACUUUGAUGAGGUCCCAGUUUCUUUGGGUGUGGGGGAGUGUCUUGUAGGCUAGCCUGGAACUACAGAAGGUAGACUCAUGAGCCAUGUCUGAGGAACAGGAAACAGGGACAGGCUGAGGAGCUAACAGAUGAUUAGCAGAGAGACAGGACAUGAUGGCUUAAGACUCACAAUCCCGAGCCUAAGCAGCUGCAUGUCAGGUCAGAGUGAAGACUGUUUGCCAAGAGGCACGGAUGAGAGCAGGUUGAGCAAGUGUUCAAUCAUCCGAGUAAUCAGGGUCUUGUGCCAGUGAGUCAAAUGUUCCUGUUGUAAAAAUAUGUUUCGUGUUAAACAACUCCAUAAAUCUGGCCUGUGACGCCUUCAGCAGAGGUCUUGUUGACCUCUGCUGCUGCAUGGUCGCACUUUCAUGAGUCAACACUCACAGCGUUAGUGUCAGGCCCACCCUACAUCUACACACCUUUUCCUGGAAAGAAUUGGUAUUCAGUUAAAUAUGUAUGUCUUGCACUCAGAGCUCAGUUACAUUGAACAAAUCACAACAAGUAAAACUAGCACAUGUCUUGGUCCCAUUUGUUCUAUGAUAUUCUAUGAUACCAAUUUUUUUUUUUACUCCUCCACUACAUUGAAACUAUUACUGACAAUAGAAACACCCUGCUGCACGCUAUCAGUCUACAUUUCCAGCAGUGGAUCAGUUGUAGAAUGAAGCACGCCCUGCUUUUAUAGUUCAAGCAACAGCUCUUAACAGAGGUCUGACAAAGCUCAACCCCUCACCUGACACAAACCAGGAAACAGCUUCUUAUCCUUCCUCACUACAGAGAGACACAGAGUGAAAAACAGACGAUCAGAUUCACCUUCAGACCAAACUACCAACUUCCUCUGAGUGAGUUCAGCUACAGGAGAGAAAAGUGGAAAACUACAACACUGCUGCUUCAACCUGCUGACGCUCCACACACUGAAGCUUCAGAGACAAAAUGGCUUCCAGAUCAGAGGAGGAUCUCUGCUGUCCGGUCUGUCAGGAGGUCUUCAGAGAUCCUGUUCUUCUGUCAUGUAGCCACAGCUUAUGUAAAGUCUGUCUGAAGAGUUGGUGGAGACAGAAACAAGCACUUGAGUGUCCAGUUUGUAAGAGAAGAUCUUCAAGGUCAGAACCACCUUUAAACCUGGCGUUAAAGAACCUGUGUGAGGCCUUCUUACAGGAGAGAGAUCAGAGAGCUUCAGAGGCUCUCUGCAGUCUGCACUCUGAGAAACUCAAACUCUUCUGUCUGAACCAUCAGCAGCCAGUGUGUCUCGUCUGCAGAGAUUCAGAAAAACACAGAAAGCACAGAUUCAGACCCGUCGAUGAAGCUGCACGACAACACAAGAAGGAACUUCAGGAAACUCUGGAGCCCUUAAAGGAGAAGUUAAAGGUUUGUGAACAAGUUAAAGAGGAGUUUGAUCAAACAGCAGAACACAUGAAGGUCCAGGCCCGACACACAGAGAGGCAGAUUAAGGAGCAGUUUAAGAAGCUUCAGCAGUUUCUAGAGGAGGAAGAGGAGGCCAGGAUGGCUGCACUGAGGGAGGAAGAGGAGCAGAAGAGUCAGAUGAUGAAGGAGAAGAUGGAGGCUCUGAGCAGAGAGAUAGCAGCUCUUUCAGACACAGUCAGAGCCACAGAGGAGGAGCUGAGAGCUGAAGACGUCUCAUUCCUGCUCAACUACAAGGCUGCAGUGGAAAGAGUCCAGCAGCGCCCCCUGCUGGAUGAUCCACAGCUGCCCUCAGGCGCUCUGAUAGACCAGGCCAAACACCUGGGCAACCUGGCCUUCAACAUCUGGAACAAGAUGAAGGACAUGGUCUCCUACACUCCUCUCAUUCUGGACCCAAACACUGCUGGUCCAGAACUAAUCCUGUCUGAAGAUCUGACCAGUGUAAUACGAGGAGGAGAGAGACAGCAGCUUCCUGACAAUCCAGAGAGGUUUGAUAGUUUUCCCAUUGCUGUUGGCUCUGAAGGCUUUAACUCAGGGAUUCACAGCUGGGAUGUCGAGGUUGGAGACAGUACAGGCUGGGGACUGGGUGUGUCAGCAGAGUCUGUUCAGAGGAAGGGACUCAUAUGGUCUGGAUUAUGGAGAAUGGGGUUCUCUGGCAGUAAAUACUCAGUGCGCUCACCACCAGCUUCAUCCAUUGAUCUCAGAGUUCAGAAGAAGCCCCAGAGGAUCAGAGUGAAUCUGGACUGGAACAGAGGAAAGCUGUCGUUCUCUGAUCCUGAUACUAACACACACAUACACACCUUCACACACACUUUCACUGAGAGGCUGUUUCCGUACAUUUACACUGAGGAUGAAGUGAAGCUGUCAGCAAUGAAUGUCUGUGUGACAGUGGAACAGAGCAGUUAUAAAGAGGAUGAUGAUUUUUAAUAUAUUACUUUGUAUUGAUCACAAUAUAUGUCUCCCACAUUUGCAGGCACAUUGCAGCGUGUACAACUUUUUUAUUGGGGGUGGUGAUCAGGGCUCUCACUAGAUGAUGACACUGGAGUGGAUUUUGACUCCUGUCCCAUCCAGUUCCUGAUAAAAAUACAUUAAUAAAUCAGAAAAUAGCUUUUAUUAAUAUUACAAAUGCAUAUUUACAUAUUAAAAUAUGAUUUAUGAUCUGCUCCUGCUGACCUUCCAGUCCUAUGAUGUUCAAUGAAAUUGACUUCCAUCCAACAGGAAUCCCAAAAAAAAUUCCAACCUCUACCUCCCACCUCAGAGAAGAUGCAGGUUUUGUGAAGAUAAAAGAUAUACCAAUUACAAGAAAUGAGGGGACAUCCCUAAAGAAACUAACUUUUAAAUUAAGGAUAAUCAGUUAACUAACCAAUAAGUUAUCCAGUAAAUUUUGUACAUUUCCUUUUGUCUGAUUGUCUAACACAAUUUUUAUUUUCAUUUGACAUGUAAUAAGCAAUGUGUACCAUGUAAACACUGCUAUCUACUUACUAAUGGACAAAAACCUCUGUAACAUCACCAUUGUAAAUCUGUAUAAUAUUGUAGCUAUUAUACUGUUGUUAAACACUUAAACACAAGGUCAGGUAAGUAAGUUGAAUGAUCUGCUGAAAUAGCUGUUGGUUUAAAUGUGUUUUCCUUGAAUGCUCUUAUAAUCACUGUAAUUUUGUUUUGGGUCAGGAUUGAUUGACCAUAGAUUGAAACUAACUUUCAAUAUAGUUUCAGCAAGAAAACCUUCCUCCACACCCCAAAACUCUGCUGCACCAUCAUCCUAGCUAGUCUCGCGAGAUAUAGCACGAGAUUUCUUGCGUUUUAACUAGCCAACUUCUAGCCAACGGAAUUAUUGGCCUAGCUGAAGAAGAAGUGUAGUUUUAACCCUUACACAACCAACUGAAGUCGUUAAAGUGGAAAACUCUACCACCCUUCAGGUACAUAUACGCAGCAAAAAAGCAUUCGAAUGUUCUCAUGAGAGUGAGGAAGGACAGCCUUCACUGAAGUGUUUCAUCAAACCGCUCCACCCCUUUAUUGUAAAUCUGUCAGUUUUAGGAUGCCGCAAUCUUUGAAUGGUCCAGCUACAUCGGUAUAACUGAAACAAGCCUUGCAUUGGAUUUUAACUCAGUGUUAUUUUCGGUCUGAACACACCCACCACCAGAUUUGCUGAGUGUUUAGUUUCUUCCUGCACAUAGAGGCGUUGAGGGCACUAACCCUUUAAUCCACAGCCUCACUGGAAGUAAAUAUUAUGAUGAGGACUGCCAAGAAUUAGACAUAGCCCUUCUAUGCUAUGAAUAGAUCCUGUGUGUCGUUACUGUAAGUGUUUGUUCUUAUUUGUGUCUUAUCUGAGGACAAAAAUGUUUAAUUUAAUGAGAGCUAUUUAAACUAUUUCACCCUAAAAUACUUUCAGUUAUAAAAAAACAUAUUCUGUACAGCACUGUCACAUGUUUAACUACAUGUUUAACUGCUUAAGAGCUGAAAUGAAAGGUCGAUGAACUGAUUCGUCCAGUGGUUCUCAAACUUUUUCUGUCAGGUCCCCCUUCAAAAGCCAAAAAAGGUUCAUGCCCCCCACCCCAGCAAAAGUUGAUUUCAUUAUUAUCAACCAUUAAUAAUACAGGUUAGCCUUGUAGUGAAGUGCCACUGGAAUACCAGGCUUUAUGGAAUUGAUAGACUAACCACUGGAAUAGUCAAUCAAUCAAUUGAAAAUAAAUCAACAGUAAAUAACUUUUCAAUCAAAUAUUUCAACCAAUCUUUGGUGUCUGCUGUUUUCUUCUGUCUUUGGCCUGUUGAUCGGACAAAACGAGACAUCAGAAGAUAUAAUUUUGGACUCUGGGAAGCUGUGAUGGACAUUUUUCAACACAUUUUCACUCCCAACUCGCCAACACUUGGUCAAGACCCCUUGGUGUCACUUUUUAACACCCUGGGUAUCCUGAAGUGUUGUUUUCAAUGUAUAGAGCUUCGUGGUCAAGUUAGCAACUUUAAAUAUGCAACGUUGGGUUAGACUUUCAAAAUUAAACUACUAAACUUUGUGAAAUGGAAAAUGUUUCACGUUGUAAUUUUGUUGGGUUUAGGAAAACUUCAUGAUUUGGCUUAAAAUACUUAUGUCACUUAAGUUAUGUUACUUGUGUGGAAUAAGGAAUAAAUCAAUCAAGGUUGACUUUUUGUUUCACAUUGGAAACAAACACUAGUCUCUUGGUUGAAAGUCCAAUUUCUGGCCCACCCGCGCAAUCCAACCACCUCCUUACUCAGACUGUACUGUUAUAUAUUAUACACCCACCUUUAGUCUUCAUAAACGACGCUACAGAGUCAGUACACGCCAAUGGGUAUUGACCAUACAUCCAUAUGUGACGCCGGUUGCAUUUUUCACAAUUUUCACAUUUUAUAGAGAAACAAAAAAUAACUGGAAGAUUAACCAAUAAUGAAAAACGUGAUCCAGUGAAGUAAUAUCAAUCCAAAAGUGCCAUUUUCUAAUGUUGCAUCCAGCCCGUUCUCAUUCCCAGUUCACUUUGUUACAUCCUUCAGCAUCUGGCACCAAUGCACAUGGCAGCCUUUUGCAUCAUAGUUCAAUGCUAAAAGUAGGCCUACUAUAAAUAACAGAAAAACCCAAGUAAAACAGAAAUUGGGCUUUCACCUAGGACACUGGUGUCCAUUUCCACUAUUUUUCUGAACUCAUUAAUACAAAUAAACACAAUCCCAGGUUUCU